AUGAGAAAAGAUGUCAGCGCAACAAUGGUGGAUGCUCAACAAAAGGUAUACCCGUUUGUUCCUGAAUUCUCAAGCGGCUUCGUAACCACGAGCAGGUCUCCUUGUCCACAACCAAAUAAGAAAAACAGGAGCACGAAGACAACUCCCGCUUCGCCUCGUACAUUGUCCACCAAAGUUUCCGUUCAAAAGAAACGUCGAUCCAUAAAAAAAGACCAGAAAUGUGACCCGCCGCCAAUUCGAAGAAGCAGCCUCUCCUGGCUGGCAUCACCUGCUGUCUCUCCGCACACUCCUCGAUCUGUCACGAAGAGUUCCGGAAGCCGGGCAUUGUCGAAACGGUCUCUGAAGCAUUUGCCAUCGGCUCCAUUGAAUGUCCAAGAUGAAAUCCAAAAACUCCAAUCCUCAAACCGAAGAGGCAGCCUCUCCUGGCUGGCAUCACCUGCUGUCUCUCCACACACUCCUCGAUCUGUCACGAAGAGAUCCGGAAGCCGGGCAUUGUCUAAACGGUCUCUGAAGCAUUUGCCAUCAGCUCCAUUGAAUGUCCAAGAUGAAAUCCAGAAACUCCAAUCCUCAAAUCAUGACCAUCCAUUGAAGACCUUGACUCGGGAUUCUCAAGGUGGUUCCACCAGAACUCUUUUCAUGACUGGAAGCGCGGAUUCUUUUGGUCCUUCUUUGGACUGCUCUGAUCGAGCCAUGUCGCAUCAGUUUCCCAUGUUUACUGAUACGCAAAAGGUUGUCUUCCGGAAGCAACCCAAACAGCGAGACAUUGCGAUCGAAACCAACACCGGCGUCACAAUUGGUUCGAUUGUAUUCGUAAACGAAGGAACUCUUCGACUAUUGAAGGAUGCCAGUGGAAAAACUUGUGGCAUGAUUCGAAAGACCCGUGACAAAUCUGUCGGUGGUGGCAAUCUAUUCCAAGUCUACAGCAACAAGCCGGUGAUGCCCGGACAAAAACAGAGCAAGAACAAAAUAAUGACUGGCUGCUACUUGUGGGCUGAAAUCAAGAAUACUGGCUCCAUGGGUGGCAAGUUUGUAAUGAAAAGAUACUCGGGCGAAACCUCCUCUUGCUCCGGUGGGGAGCACAGAGCCCAACCGUUUGGGUCGCUCUUCUCCAAGGACAAAACCAAAGGCUACACUUUUUUGGAUGGCGACGGAAAGGAAUGCACCAAAAUGAUUUCUUUGAAGAAUAGAGACAAAGGUAUUGCGAUAGCACCCCGUCGGGAUACUGGCCUGAUGUUGGCUUUUUGUGCAGUGGUUGAUGAGAUGGUCGAACGUCGUCUGAGAUAA